AUGUUCGAUUCGAUAGCAAAGGCGUGGAAGGAGGUCGCUGCUGAUGACUCGCUGAACGAGACGAGUGUAAACUUCAGUCCCGCGACGAGAACACAGGCUUCACGGGCCGGAAAGAGACGGCAUGGCUCUCAUCAUGGCUCGGACAGUGGCUAUAAAUAUGAUUAUGGCUCAAGCCAUGCGGUGGAUAGGGCUAGAAGCUCGAGUCAUACCAGACAUGCCUACAGCUCCAAAGUGUUGAAGCCCUCGACUGAUAACAAAAAGAACCAAAAGAGUGGGACUUCGCUAUGGAAUGCACUGGGGAAGAUUGGACAGACGAUCAUAGGCGACGGUUCCCGCGAGAAUAAGGAGUUGAAGAGUAUGAAGAGCUACAUGAACGGUAUGAUUGGCUCUGGCGAUAACCCAGGACGUGUUAAUGAUAUGAGAUCAAGAGUUGAGAGCAUCAGCGAAAGGGCUCAGAGGUUUACAAGGGAGAAUAGAUCACCGGGAAAAAAUGUCAAGGGUUACAGCAGUGGAGGCACAAUGAGAAGGAUACACCUCAAGGAUCUAGCAGAGGCUGAUAGCUCUGCUGAUAGCCUUUCCAGACUUGUUAAGAGAGCACACGUUGACUUUUCCCGGGACAGAGCUACUGCAUCACCUAUGGUCACAACCACUGCGGCCUCACGGCCGCCUCCAAUAGAUAUCCCAUCUUCGCCCUACACCAACGGCGAAACACACACUGAUAUCCACACGAGCAACGUUGCAGACAGAUCCGAGGUCGAAGAGUUGAGCAGGAAAGUGGAGGCCCUUGAGAACACUGUGAACUCACUAGUCGAGGAACUACGCAAGUCCCAUGAUCUAAAACGUGAUAUACUGAAUAGCGACGACAUGAGGGUGAUCCCGGCACCUGUGUCUGAAGUCGAGCACCGUUCAACGGACUCAACGACUCAAGACGUCAGAGAUAAGCCCGACAGGGCUCCAGAUCACAGAGAAAGCGAAGACGAGUUCGAGGAAGUAAAUAGAUCACUCUCACCUGUGAAACUGGAUUUCGAUAAAUUCAAGUUCGUCAGAUGA